AGGGUUUGCUCCAGGACCCAGGGCACCAAUGCGGCUGCGGUGCACGAACCGCGCCAUGGCCAGCAAGGCCUGCUCAUCCCUCUUGACGCGCACAACCACUGUCGCCUCGCCCCGUCCCCUCUUCGCGCCACUCGCCGCAUCCGUGCGUCGCUUCGGCGCGGGCGGUCCCCCGAUGAAGGUGGUCGACAAGCCGCUGGGCUACUACCCGAAGGAGGAGUAUCACUCCCCCAACCCCGGUCCGCUCAGCCCGGUGGAGAUGGAGUACAACCUGAUGGGCAACCGUCUGAACGGCCUCAACUCGCCCAAGAUGGUGUACCGCACUGGCCCGAACAUGGACAACGACAAGUGGGGCGUGCGAGAGGACAACUGGCUCAGCGUGGGCAGCCACCCAUACGGCGGGUGGAUCAUUUUCUGGGGCGGGUCGGCCUUCACGUUGAUUUGUGUGGUGCUGUACAACCUCAACGUGCUCCACUGGUGGAAGUCGUCGACCCCCUGGUCGGGCGGAGGAGGUCGACCGUGGGGCAGAGGAUACCCGUGGGGCACAUUCCCGGCCUGGCGACCGGGCGUCAUGAAGGGAUACUGAUCUGUCUGUCUGUCUGUCUGUGCGGGCAGGGAGGGAGGGAGGGAGGGGCGGUGUAUCUAUCGGUUUGCGCUUGGUCUGUGAUGUGGUGUGGUGUGGUGCUGCUACGCUACUGGCUGUGUGUGAGGUAGUCUGGUGGCGUAUCUUCGCGUGAGUGGUCAGGUCACCCGUGAGUUCAUUUCUUCGGUGGGCCACUCACUGCGUUGGCUUCGCACGGCGCUCUCCUCCAAGUGCCGUGUGGAACCGUCGCAGUCGCCAGCCGGAAGAGAUGGAACACAGGGAUCACAUGCACACACACACACACGGCUCUGAGCGAGUAGCGAAUCGACUUGGGUCGUCUUGGUUGUUGUAUGUGCUGCAACAUACUUGAUGGUCUGCCUGCGAUUGCUCUCGCAUUCGUGUGCUUCUCGCUUUACUUGGCGUAGCAUCGGAUGACGUCGUUGGCUGUGGGGAUCUGAGCCCGACAGCUGAUGACGUCGAUCGCUGCAGCGCCACGUGAGGCCGGAACACUCAGAUUGAAUGGAUGACUUGGGCAAGUUUUUUCAUCAGCGGAGGAG